AGUUAGUUACGGUUAGAACACAAAUAUUGUCCCACUUUUACUUCAAUUCAACUAUCAUAAAACGAUAAGAUAAACUAAAAAAAAAACACCAAACACAGUUUCACUUCAUCAUGUCAGAGUCAAACGCCAUAGCCAAUGGUUUAGCUGGUGCUGGUGGUGGAAUUAUUGCUCAAAUAUUAACUUAUCCACUUCAAACUGUAAACACACGCCAACAAACUGAGAGAACACUUAAGAGGAACAAGCAAAGUUCUUCUUCCAACACAAUAACUACUGCUUCUUCUUCAUCUUCUUCUUCUGGCAUUUUUCUUCAGAUUUUUCAGGUUAUUGGAAAUGAAGGUUGGGGUGGACUCUACAGUGGUCUUAAGCCUUCUCUUCUUGGAACUGCUGCUUCUCAGGGAAUUUACUACUUCUUCUAUCAAGUUUUUAAGAACAAGGCUGUGGCUAUUGCAGCAGCAAGGAAAGUCAAAGGACAUGGAGACGGUACUGUUGGAAUGUUCGGUUGGCUCAUUGUUGCUGCUAUUGCCGGGUCAUUGAAUGUUUUGUUCACAAAUCCAAUAUGGGUUCUCGUGACUCGAAUGCAGACACAUACUCAAGCAGAAAGAAAAAUCUUGGAGGAAAAGAAAGAAGCUUUAAGGAAGGCUGCCUCUGAGAGUAGCUUAGCAGGUUCAACUUUGGAAGAAAAGUUGGAAAAACUGAAUUCUACAAAGCCUAAACCAUUUGGGACUAUACAUGCAGCUAAUGAAGUAUACAACGAAGCCGGUAUAGUUGGGUUUUGGAAAGGUGUCAUCCCUGCACUAAUUAUGGUAUGCAAUCCAUCGAUACAGUUUAUGAUUUACGAGAGUUCAUUAAAGCAUCUAAGGGCAAAGCGCUCUGCCAAGAAGCAAGGGGAUACGAGUGUAACUGCUUUAGAGGUCUUUUUGGUCGGAGCAAUAGCGAAACUUGGAGCUACUGUCACAACAUACCCGUUACUAGUUGUCAAGUCAAGGCUUCAAGCAAAACAGGAGAUUGGUGGAAAUAACUCAUUAAGAUACUCAGGUACAUUUGAUGCAAUUCUCAAAAUGAUCCGUUAUGAAGGAUUCCCAGGCUUUUAUAAAGGGAUGAGCACAAAGAUAGUACAGAGUGUUUUUGCUGCUUCUGUAUUAUUCAUGGUAAAGGAGGAGCUUGUUAAGGCUAUCACAGUUAUAGCAAAUAAGAGCAAAAAAGUUGUAUUAAAUUCGAGUAGUUAACUUGACUUUCUUCUUUUCGUUAUAGAAAUAAUACAAGUAGUUCAGUGGAAAAAGUUUAAAUUUCUUUAAACACAAUUGUAAAAUAUCAUUGUUGUUACUUUAAUUAAUAAUAAUAUACGAGUAGAUUAAUAAUCUA